AUGAACGGAGUUCAAGUCAAGGACGACAUCGGAAAAGUCGAAAACAAUGGUGGCAUAGCGGGCGAUAAUGAAGCGGUGGUGGGGUAUUGGAGCGCGCAGAUGGCGGGGCUGCUGGAGGAUCUGCGUUCCGUGCGGAUUGGCGGCGCUGCUGAGAAAACGGGCGGCGCUAAAGAUAAAGCUGCGGGCCAUGGGGCCAAGGACAUGCGAUGGAAGCCGUGCGAGCAAGCAACAGAGUACCGCACGCUGCACCGCCCGGGGCCCAACGGCACGGCGGUCCACACGACGUGGCCCAACAUCACCCUCCCACCAUGCCGCCGCACCGCUGUGAGGAAUCCAAAUGUUUCGAGCGAGAGUGGGAGGUGUGCGUUGAGGCGCUACAAACUGACCGGGCCUUUCAUCCUGAAACCCUCUUCCCUCAGGUGGCCCAACGUCACCAUGCCGCCGCACCGCUGUGAGGAGUCGAGGUGGCCCAACAUCAGCAUGCCGCCGCACCGCUGUGAGGAGUCGAGAUACAUCAAGCGCGUGGGGGAAAACUUCCACCUUUCCUUCAUGCGGUUCAAGGUGCCGUGGCCGCUAUCCCCGCAGGAGUUUGCACUCAUAUUUGUGACGGUAUACGAUGCCGCCUCCGGCAUGACUGUCACCGUGCUGCGAACGAACCCCGUAACUGCGGAUUUCACCAACCGCGGGUACAGCCAGGAAGACGCCCCCGCGCCCCUGCCUGGACACGUGCGCAUGGGCAUCAGCGGGGGGUAUGCUGUGAAAGACAUGGGCGAAGGCAGGGCGCACAUGAGGUGCAUAUUCACGCUGGACCUCAAAUUCCCUCCUGCGCUCGUCAACUUUAUUAUCCAGCAGUGUGGUGGAAUCUUGUACCAGUGGUUUACAGAGGAGCUAGCCAGGAUAUACGACGACCCCUACAGCACCAAGGGGAAGGCGUUUCGCCAGGCUCUCCACGAUGAGCCCCUUUACAAUCACGUCCGGGCAGCCAUGGAGAAAUAUCGGGCUGCCCGGGCAGCUGAACAGCAGCAAUUGGAGGCCGAGCAGCAGCGGAAGCACCAGGAAUUGGUGGGCGGUCAGCAAAACGGGCAGGCGGCUGGGGAAAGAAUCAUUUUAGCCAGCAAAGAAGACGAGGAGAAGUCGUUUAGAGAGUUAGGGGCAGAGGUAGAGGCGAAAAUCGAGUCCCUUGUGGCGUCUGUGUCUAGAAGAGCGAGCAGCAAUGGCAGCAUUGAUGAAGAUGGGGUGGAGAUAGUUGAGGGUGUCUAUAGGGAGGGGUACUACAGUGCUGCAUACUCGAGAGCGGAAGGAUACACAGAAUGGUCGAUACGGGCUGAGAGCCUCAAGAGACUAUGGUCCCGGUAG